GUCUGCUUCCCGCUGCGUCUCACGCCACUGAGGAAUUGCUUUUUGCUAAGAAGCUGCCACUAGAACGCUACGAACGGGGCUCCUGGCAUCGCUACUAGGAGCGAUCGGACGCUACGAACGGGGCUCCUGGCCGUACUACUAGGAGCAAGUAGCUACCAGGAGCUUUUUCGCGACCAGGAGCCGCUGCUCUUUAGCUGCUUCAGUUGAACGCUUUCUGGCACUCGUGAAACAAGUCACUGUACCGGAGCGAUUUUUCCAGCCAGGUCCAUACCUAGUGCCCAAAAUUUUGAGUAGAAAGGCUGUGCCGGAGCCAUGGUCCAGAUGUGGGAGAUUGUGGGAGGAGCAGACAAAGGUGGCAUCAUUGUGAGGGAUGGAGAGAAUACCAAGUCCAAUCAGCUGGACGAUCGACUCUCGACGGGGGCAUUGGUGGAAGAGGUUGAAUUGAAGGGCGACCGCUUGAACUAUAAACUUGUCACCGGCACUGGGCCACAAACCGGCUGGGUCAGCAUCAAGCUCAAGGACAAGGACUUGGCUGUGAAGACAGACAAAGGUCCGAGCCCGCCACCCACGGCUGUGGGUCCCAAGAACGAGGCUCCCCUCCCGAUUGCACUGUUCUUCCCCGGUCAGGGGUCACAGUAUGUGAAGAUGCUUGAAAAGGCAAAGGAUCUUCCGGCUGUCAAAGACAUGCUGGAGAAGUCCAAGACAGUGUUGGGCUACGACAUCCUGGAUAUUUGCCUGAAUGGACCGGAAGACAAGCUUGAGGAGACGCGAUAUUGUCAGCCUGCAUUGUUUAUUGGUGGUUUGGCGGGCUUGGAAAAGCUUCGAGAAGAACGAGCAGAAGCCGUCGACAGGGCAUCUGUUAUGGCCGGCUUGUCAUUAGGCGAAUAUACCGCGCUUUGUGCGGCCGGGGUAAUGAGCUUCGAGGAUGGGCUCAAGUUGGUGAAGCUUCGAGGUGAAGCGAUGCAGGAAGCAGCCACGUCUGGGAGCAAGAAACAACUCAUGCUCUCUGUCGCGGGGCUGGAACGAGCAAAACUGGAACCUCUUUGCAAAGAAGCCGCAGCCAAGGAGGCCGGAGGUGUUUGCUCCGUUGCAAACUGCCUAUUUCCCUCUGGCUUCUCAGUUGGAGGGACAGAGCAGGCGAUCAACACACUGAAAGAUUUGGCGGAGAAGAAUGGAGCUCUUCAGGCCAAGAUCCUGAAGACAGCUGGUGCCUUUCACACAUCUUUGAUGCAACCGCCGGCAGGACCGGCUCUCAGCGGCCUUGGAAGAAACCUUGCCCAACAUGAAGCCGCCACUGCACACGGUUUGGAUGAAUGCCUCGGCACAACCCAUUCGACCUGGCAGCGACCCGGCCGAGAUCGUUGCACUCUUGAAAAGGCAGUUGACUAACCCGGUCCUUUGGGAAGAUUCUAUGAAGGCAAUUAUCAGGGAAGGUGUCAAAGAGUUCUAUGAAUGUGGGCCCAUGAAGCAGAUCAAGGCAAUGAUGAAACGUAUUGAUGCAGCCGCAUGGAAGACAACCACAAACAUUGAGGUGUAGAUGUGGAUGUCACGGGUCUGCGGUUUGCGAUGUGAAGAUGCUUUAGACCAAUUCGGUAGAUAAGAGCUCUUGAAAAGCAGCUUGGGAGAAUGGACCAAGUCUUUCCUUUUGGAAGCAUCAGAUUCCGAAGCUGAGUCUGACCGCAGUUGCCACGGCAUGGCCUUGCGCACUGAUAGCGCAAUUUGUGUGCCAUUACGGCAGUCAAAUCCAUUUUUUUGCCAUAAGUGAGUCAUGUCAGAGACGCGUGAUGCUGUACAAGUAGCGCGCAGACGUUGUAGAGAAGAAA